AUGGCUUCCGGUCUUUUGGAUAAUUCGAGCGACUCUCCCGACGAAUCAAACGAUAGCUCUAUGGAAUUCUUUGUUAACGCGUUACACUUUCUUAAAGAUACGACAACUUCUAGUGCUCCUCAAACUCGACGGUAUACGGACCGGCGUCGGGAAAUUGGUCUUGCCACUCUUUUGAAAGAUUGGUUCGUUCAACGACCAAAAUACGAAGACGAUUACUUUCGAAAGAAGUUUCGAAUGGACAAGACCAUGUUUUUAGAUAUCGUGCGCGACAUUGAAGCAAACUUCCCGUAUUUCCAAGAACGUUACGAUGCAAGAAAAAGAAAAAGUUUUACGGCGAUACAGAAAUGCACAUCCACCGUUAGGCAACUCGCGACGGGUAAUGCACCAGACGAGUAUGACGAGUACUUGUGCAUGGCAGCCAGAACCGCACGUGAGACCCUUGAUUAUUUUUGUGACGCCAUCAUUCGGUUGUAUAGCCGAGAGUACCUACGCAGGCCGACGUCACACGACGUUGCACGCAUCUUCGAGGCCCACGAGCUUCGACAUCAUAUGCCUGGAAUGCUUGGUAGCAUCGAUUGCACACAUGUCGAGUGGUCGGCAUGUCCUAGACGUUUGAGAGGGCAAUACACGAGGGGUGACCACAACGGUCCAACUAUUAUGCUUGAAAUCAUCGCGUCACAAGAUUUGUGGAUUUGGCAUGCUUUUUUCGGUGUCCCGGGGUCGAACAACGACAUCAACGUGUUGAACCAAUCCGAUUUGUAUGUCACAGCGCGUAACGGAACGGCUCCGGAUUCUUCAUUCCGCGUGAAUGGCCGAGAUUAUAAACGUGGCUACUAUCUUAGUGAUGGGAUCUACAACAAGGGGUCAACACUUGUUAAAGCAUACCCGUAUCCAACCGACCCUAAGGAAAAAAGAUUCAAGAAAUUGCAAGAGGCGGCCAGAAAAGAUGUCGAGCGAGCUUUUGGUGUCCUCAAAGGUAAAUGGAAAAUUCUUCAACGACCUCUUCGACCUCAAACGAAAGACAAAAUUGGAAAGUAUGUUCAUACAUGUAUUAUCUUACACAACAUGAUCAUUAAGAGGGACGGGAGGGCAAUCUCACCGGUCCAUAUAAUGGACCCGCCAGUGCAACCGGUGUUCGAUGAAAGUGUGUAUGCGGAGUUGAAAGACGAAGAAGUUCACCAUCGCCUUCGAUAUGAUCUUACGGAGCACGUAUGGGCUCAAGAUUUGGCGUAUCUCGAUGAUUAG